UUUCAAUUUUUUAUAUUAUUAUUAUCGCUCCACACUCACACAACAAAAACAACAACAACACCCAUUAUUUUUCGCGCUCCUUUCAUCUUCCCUCAACUCAACUUCAAAACAAAAAUCUCAUUCCCAUUUUCUCUCUCUCACGCUUUCAUUUCUCUUCGAGGUUCGAAAUGGAAGUGAAGAACAAAGAGAAGAACGACGAUCCUACAGUUGAAUCACCAACUUCGGUACUAGAAGAAGAGUUGGAAGAGGUGGUUGUUGCCGAUGAUGGUGUUGUAUCGAAAUCAAUGGCAGAGGAGGAAGAGAAGUUACUUAAAGCUCGUGUUGAGGAAGAGAAGGAACAGUGUGAAGAAGCGCCUAAUCUUAACGACACACAGUUUAACAAGUUAGAUGAACUUUUAACACAAACGAAACUGUACUCUGAGUUUCUUCUUGAGAAAAUGGAUGAUAUCACAUUGACUGCGGGUGAACAAGAGAAACAGGAUGAAGAAGAGAGCCAACCAGUUGCAAAAAAGAACGGCCGAGGAUCAAAAAGAAAGGCAGCUUCACAAUGCAAUACUAGGAAAGCCAAAAGGGCAGUUGAAGCCAUGAUUACAAGAUCUAAAGAAAACGUGAAGACUGAAGAUGUGAAUUUGAGUGAGGAAGAAAAAACUGAGAAAGAGCAGAAGGAGCUUAUGCCUUUACUAACUGGUGGGAAAUUGAAGUCUUAUCAACUGAAGGGUGUAAAGUGGUUGAUUUCCUUGUGGCAAAAUGGAUUGAAUGGGAUUCUUGCUGAUCAAAUGGGUCUUGGGAAGACGAUCCAAACGAUUGGGUUUCUUUCUCAUCUGAUAGCAAAAGGUUUGAAUGGUCCAUAUAUGAUAAUUUCUCCACUAUCAACCCUCUCCAAUUGGAUGAAUGAGAUUUCUAGGUUUGCACCAUCACUCCCUGCUAUUAUCUACCAUGGUAACAAACAACAGAGAGAUGACAUCAGAAGGAAUCAUAUGCCUAGAACAGUUGGCCCAAAAUUUCCAAUUGUAAUAACUUCUUAUGAGAUUGCGAUGAAUGAUGCUAAGAAAUGCUUCAGGUCAUACAAUUGGAAAUAUCUUGUUGUUGACGAGGGACACAGGCUCAAAAACUCAAAAUGCAAAUUAGUGAAGGAAUUGAAAUACAUUAAAGUUGAAAAUAAGCUUCUUUUGACUGGGACGCCGCUUCAGAAUAACUUGGCAGAGCUAUGGUCAUUGUUGAACUUCAUCUUACCUGAUAUAUUCUCAUCCCUUGAAGAGUUUGAGUCAUGGUUUAAUCUGUCAGGAAAGUCUUGUAAUGGAGCAACCAUGGAGGAAUUAGAAGAGAAAAGAAGAGCCCAAGUAGUAGCAAAGCUUCAUGCAAUUCUUAGGCCAUUUCUUUUGCGUAGAAUGAAGUCUGAUGUUGAGCUAAUGUUGCCACGGAAAAAAGAGAUCAUUGUAUAUGCUAACAUGACCGAGCAUCAGAAGAGCUUGCAGGAACAUUUAAUUAAUGAGACACUAGGGAAAUAUUUGAAUGACAAACUUUCAAUUGGACGCUCUGUGACAAAGCUCAAUAAUUUGGUUCUUCAACUUAGGAAAGUCUGUAACCAUCCUGACCUCCUAGAAUCAGCUUUUGAUCGUUCAUAUUUUUAUCCUCCUGUGAAUGAGAUCAUUGAACAAUGUGGAAAAUUCCAUUUGCUCAACCGAUUGUUGGAACGGCUAUUUGCACGAAAUCACAAAGUUCUGAUCUUCAGUCAGUGGACUAGAGUGUUGGAUAUAAUGGAUUAUUAUUUCAGUGAAAAAGGCUUUGAAGUUUGCAGGAUUGAUGGUUCAGUGAAACUGGAGGAUAGGAAACGGCAGAUCCAGGACUUCAAUGAUACAAACAGCAAUUGCCGAAUCUUCCUUCUUUCUACUAGGGCUGGUGGAUUGGGAAUUAACCUCACUGCAGCUGACACUUGCAUUCUUUAUGACAGUGACUGGAAUCCUCAAAUGGAUUUACAGGCCAUGGAUAGAUGUCAUAGAAUCGGUCAAACAAAGCCUGUUCAUGUUUACAGGCUCGCAACUGCUCAAUCAGUAGAGGGUCGAAUGUUAAAAAGAGCUUUCAGCAAGUUGAAGCUUGAGCAUGUGGUGAUAGAGAAAGGACAGUUUCAUCAAGAGCGUACAAAGCCUGCCAUUGUGGAUGAGAUGGAGGAAGAGGAUGUUUUGGCCUUGCUUCGAGAUGAAGAAACAGCUGAGGACAAAAUGAUACAAAAAGAUAUUAGUGAUGAAGACCUGGAGAAGAUAUUGGAUCGCAGUGAUCUUGUUAUCAAUGGUUCCGGCGAUGAUAAAGCUCCAGCUAGUACCUUUCCCCUUAAAGGGCCUGGUUGGGAGGUGGUAAUUCCAACUGCAACUGGGGGCAUGCUUUCCACUCUUAACAGUUAAAUAUUUUUUAAAAUUUGCUUUUUGUGGUAAGUGAUGUAAUUGACUAUCAAUCGUCACAGAGGGAAUGUCCUGGGAGGGCAUUCAUUUUUGUAAAGUCGACUAACGGAACUACAUUUAGAAAUGAAACUACUUAGCGGUCAUGUUUUGUAUGAACUAUUCACAAGUCCAAUAUAGGUGUAUCCAUUCAAUUUGAACGCAGCUUGUAACUAUAGCUGAAUAUUGUUGGACUAUAUUGAUCCAAAGGCUUUUGUUGUCA